CCGGCAGUAGCAGAUUACCUCUGGCCCUUCGUAGCCUGAGUACUUCAGUGUGCAUUCGCCUUCCUCCUUGACUGGUACGGGGAAUUCUUCUGUGGUAUGAUGGAGGGCAAGAAACUGCUGAUGCUGGCCAUCUUAGUCAUCUCCUACAUCGCAGCAUCAGACGCCUUUCUGCUGACGACGAUCAUCAAACUGGCUGCCCUGAAGGGCCUCAAGUUGGCUGCUCUGAAGGGCCUUGCUAUCGGCUUCGCCAUCGGGAGGAAGUCGGGCGGCGGCGGUGGCAUGGGCGGUUUCGGUGGGCGUCGUCAGAGGGGUCACAGAGGAGGAGGCUAUGGUCGGGGAGGAAUGGGGCGUGGUAACUACGGCGGGCGUGGAGGUGGCUAUGGGGGCGGAGGUGGCGACUGGGGGGGCGGCCAAACCAGCGGCUACGGUGGCAGGCGCUGGAGACGAUCAGUGGACGAGAACCUGACAGACGGAAGCUUUCUGUUCGACGACGGCUGCAUCCCGAAGCUUCUGUGCUACCUGCAGUUGACGCCAGAGGGAGAGCUUUCCUCCCAAGAGCUCACCCUGCUGGACCUCUUCAACAAAUAUUCAGAGGAUGAGGAAGCGGAAGCCUUCGCCGCUUACGGUACCGCAGACGCAGCAGACAAAUCGACUGCAAGCACGAAUGAUCUCAACAGCAGCGAAGAUCUGGCUUAUACGUCCAGCAUUGGCGCCAGCCACGUGGAAAACGCCGGCCUCGUGGCUUAUACUUCCAGCGUUGGCGCCAAAGGCAGGAAACCGUCCCUCUGCGACCGGCACUUCCCCAAAUGCUCCUUCAGUGCCGCCCAGCUCAGAGGUCUCCUGCGACUGGCAUGGACGUCUACUAGAUCUGACGCUCCCAAGGAAAACGGCGAAGGCGAAAGACAGCAGAUAGCUUCAUCCCCUCGAGAAAAGGAAGACGUCGAUUCUACUGUUGCUUCUCAGGACCGGAAACUAUUUGCUUAAAAGCACAGACAAUUUUGGGCGUCGAAAUUUCCACCGUCUACUUCAGUCAACAACUCAGGUCCCUCCAUAUAUACUGUUAGUCUGACUAACAGACCCUGAUUACUCUGGGCUGUUCGUUCCCUUUUUCAUGAAGAAUAAUGCAUCGAUUUCAUUUAACGAAUGUCGAACUUGUAACUAGGUAUUUAAGCUACAUACAAUAA